AGUGCAUUUCUUCAGUGGAUCUCGGACCGGAGAGCUGCCCAUUACGUUUUGUCGUGUUCUCCGGAAACCCUGAGAUGCUUUCUCCAUUUUCACUCUUACUUUCAAUGUUGGUCGUUGGGUCAUCUGUAAAUGGACAGAGUGUUUUUGACUUGAUCGGCAGCUCUAGUCAAAUAACGAAGAAGAUAGUCUCUAAUAUCAGUACAACACUUUACAAGUAUGACUUCAUCGUAGUCGGGGCUGGAUCUGGCGGGUCUGCAAUUGCCAACAGACUCUCCGAAAAUAAAAGAUGGAGAGUGCUCUUAUUAGAAGCAGGAAAUCCCGAGGGUCUACUCAAUCAAAUCCCGAUUUUGGUUAGCUAUUUCCAGCUGACGGACUACAAUUGGGGUUACAAAGUGGAACCCCAGAAAAACGCUUGUUUGGGCAUGAACAAUAGACAAUGUCCAUGGCCGCGAGGAAAGUCUCUUGGUGGUACAAGCACCCUGAAUUACAUGAUCCACACUAGAGGAAACAAAAUUGACUACAAUUUGUGGGCUCAGAUGGGAAACGAAGGCUGGUCUUACGAAGAACUAUUGCCUUAUUUCAAAAAGAGCGAAAAGUUUAAAGUGCCAGGAAUUAUAAAUUCAAGCUAUCAUGGAACUGAUGGCUAUCUGUGCGUGGAACAUGUUCCCUACCACUCACAAUUAGCCACUGCUUAUCUAAAAGCUGGCAAAGAAUUAGGAUACAAAGUAAAUGACCCCAAUGGAGAAGAUCAAAUCGGAUUUUCAUAUAUUCAAGUGAACAUGAACCACGGUGCUAGAUGCAGCGCAGCAACUGCUUAUCUAAAUAUGGAAAGACCAAAUUUGGAGAUUAUGACAGGUGCUAGAGUUACAAAAGUUUUAAUCAACAAAGAUAAACAAGCUUAUGGAGUAGAAUUCAUCAAAGAUUCAAAAAGGCAACGAGUUCAGUGCUCGAAAGAAGUCAUUUUGUCAGCUGGUACUAUAGACUCCGCUAAACUAUUAAUGCUCUCAGGGGUGGGCCCUAAGGAACAUUUGGAAGAAUUAGGAAUUCCGGUAAUUCAAGAUUCAAAAGUUGGAUAUAAUUUAUACGAGCACGUUGGUUUCUUGGGACUCACUAUCAUGAUAAACCAGACUGUUACACUCCUCCAAAGCAGAAUAUCCAGACCACCGAACUUGUUAAAAUACGUUCUGGAAAGAAAUGGCCCACUUUCAAUCCCAGGAGGCGCUGAAGCUCUCGCUUUUAUUAGAACGAAAUACGCUCCUGAUUCAAGACCAGACGUAGAACUCUUAUUCGCGUCUGGAUCUUUGCACUCGGAUGGAGGACUCUUUUUGAAAAGAGGUCUUGGAAUUUCGGAUGAACUUUAUAACACCGUCUACAAACCAAUCGAAAAUAAAGACGCAGUUUCGAUCUGGCCAAUUGUCCAAAAUCCCAGAAGUGUUGGUCGAGUGAAACUUAAAUCCAAAAAUCCUUUCCAUGCACCUAUUCUCGAAACCAAUUUUUUUACUCAUCCAGCAGAUGUGGAGAUCAUCCUUGAGGGUUUGAAGCAAGCGAUAAAUAUUACAAAAACGCAAUCCUUCCAGGCCUACGGAGCUAAACUACAUGAUAUCAAAAUUCCAGGAUGUGUAAAUUUUGAGUUUGCUAGUGAUGAUUAUUGGCGUUGUGCGAUUAAACAUCUGCCUUCCAUGAUGAACCAUGAAUUAGGGACGGUAAAAAUGGGUCCGAAAAGUGAUCCAAAUGCGGUAGUUGAUCCGAAACUUAGGGUCUAUGGUCUCGAGAAACUAAGGGUGAUUGAUGCUUCUGUUAUGCCUGCCAUGACCACCGGGCACAUAAAUGCAGGCAUCUUCAUGGUCGCUGAGAAAGGCGCCGACUUGAUCAAACAAACGUGGAAGGAUAAAUUGUAAAAUGAAAGCUAAAUUAAUUUUUGAAGGAAAUCUGUCCAAAAAGUUAUAACUACUUGAAGUAGAUUACCUAGAAUUUCAAGCAAAUUAUGUUAGUGAUAAUCAUCAAGAUAAGUAGUAGCGUUCAACAGUAUGCAUAUUUUAUCUUUAAAAGGAAAUAAUGUUUUACAUUUGCAAAUGCUAAAUAUAUUCCUGAAACAGUUUAAUUCGUAGAAAAUAUAUUUUUUAAGCUCAAUCAAUUAUUAAGUUGUUUGUAAAUAUAAUUGCUUUUUAAUUUUUUUUUAAGUUUGGAAUUGUUAUUCUGUCAAGUAUACAAUAUAUGAAAAAUAUGAAAAUAUUAGCUUCUGGAUUAUUUUUCUGAGUAAUAAAUAAUAAAUUCAAUUAAAUUAUAAUGUUGAUACA